AUGUAUGCAUCACAAACACGUGGUGGUGGGGGUGGUCACCAAGAGAUGGCUCCAUCAGCAACAUCGUCAAUAACAUCAAAAUCGAUUGAUGUAUGUAAUCUAUCCAGUUUGAUCGAUAAUAGUAAUAAUCAUCAUAUGCUAUCAUCAUCUUCAUCGUUAUCAGGAUUUCAUACAGAUACUGAUCGGCAUCAUCAACAGCAACAGCAACACAAUUCGGAUUCACUUCAUCAUCGAUCUGCCUAUCAAACAUUUGUAAAUCACUCAUUGAUAUCUGCAACAGUCUCUGAUAUCUAUCAUACAGGACAUGUGUUACAAGCGACAAUUGAAUCACCGGAUAGUUUCAGAUCACGUUUAGAAGAGAAUUUAAUCCAGUGGCUUACAUAUGGUCCAUUGGUUGUAAGCGAUUUCAACAGUCUAUCGUUGAUGAACAAUAAUAGUAAUAAUAGUAAUAAUGUUAAAAUAGUGCCUGAAGCCUAUUCUGGACAACCUACUCCAUCAUCAUCAUCAUCAUCGUCAUCAUCGUUUAAAUCGAAUCAUUCACAUGCAAGGAUGAGCAGUCGUCAAUUUAAGCAUCCAAAAUGGUCAGCUACCGCUUUGCUGAUUAACUGUGAUACGAAAAGUGUUGAGGCUCUCACUUUGGUUCAACCGAAUCUGGCCAAUUUAGUUUUAACCAAAGAACCAGAAGUUGUCAAUUCCAAUUAUGGCCAUAGUGCUAGUACAAAUACCGCUAUAAUUGGGAAUCCCAUUUCCGUGACUACUACUACUACUACUGCUGGUACUAGUAGUAGUAUGUCACAACACAGUGGACGAGAUCGUGUGCGGAUAAUGUUAGAUCAAUCAUCAUCACCAUCAUCAUCAGAUGCGUUAAUAGAUCAGCCUAUGCUAAUUACACCAAUUCGUGCACUUGGCGCAUCCGUAUCUCGACGUAAUCUUGCCAUUAAACCAGCACCGUUAAUAUCUCGUCUUAUUGAACAAAUUCACUUAGUAUUAGAUACAACUAAUUGUUCAUUGAUGACACUGAAACACUUAGAGUGUAAUCUACAAUUAAUUUAUCGUAAAAGUAUGAUAUUGACAAAUUUAUUGAUUAAAGAAGGUGCUCCGCUACUUCAACGAAUUGAUCGAAUGACAACUACUGUUGGGUGCUUACCAGACGAUUUACCCCUUUUGCUAUCCAUCGCCUCGUCAUGUUCAAUUCAAGCUGCAAAUAUUUUACAUACUAGUCAUUUUGAUUGGUUGAAUUUGUGA